GCGAAACCAUGGGCAUGCAACUAACAGAAACUUUAAAUGGUAUAUUGCCCAUAGCGCCCACAGAUGAUUUUCACAAGGAUGAACAUACAAACGCUAUAAAUAUACAAACAAAUAAAAAUGCGUUUAAUUAUGAAGACUUUGCUGGUCAACAUUUGGCAAGUGGUGGAGCCAUAGAAAUUGUAACUGUAGAUCCCAAUGAUGGCUAUGAUACCGACAGCGAAGAUGAGGAAGAUAGUGAUGACGACGACGACGUGGAUGAUGAUGACGAUGAAGACGACAAUGGUUUAUUAAAUUUUGACCGUCAAAGUCAGUGCAGUAAUGGCACAUUUCGAACUAGAACAGAUAGUUCCUCCAUUGGGGAUUAUGAAUCACAUACAAGUGAUUAUGAUGAUGACAGCGAUGACGAUGAUAAUGAUAAUAAUCUAAUUAAUAAUACCGCUUUACUGCAAAAUGCUCUCGCUAACAUGAGCAACAUGGCUAACAAUGCCAACAACUCUAUUAUAGAUUUACAUUCAAAUUUAGUAGCUCCAGACGAUUUACUAUUAGAUAAUUCGUUUCAUAAAAAUCGUACUCUCAGCACGAAUACCCUUAACUCCGAUGUCGAUGGUUUGGGUUUACAAAUCGAUGCAAAUAAUUUUGAUUUGGCAGAAUUUAUAACAAAAGAUGAUUUUCAAUUGCAAAAUACACCCAUCAUGUCCAAUCAAAUGCAUACAGCAGUACCAGCUGCAGAGGCAGCAGUAAAAUCACAUAUUUUACCUAAAAAUAAUUUUGCCACAAAUAUUGCACAAACUCCUUCAGUUGUGCAGGUUAUAUCAUCCAAACUUGAUGAUUCCGAUUCUGACUCUGAUGUUAUAGUUGAUGUUGAGACCGUAGAAAUGGAUGAGGAUGAUGCCAGUUCCUUAAGAAAGGCAUCAGAAAUUCUAAAACCUAUUGCGGCAUCAGUACCAAUACAAACUGAGGAAGAGACUCCUUUUGUAGAUAAUGUUAAGAGUGAUCCCUCCUGGAGCCCUACACAGACGGUGAAAAAAGUGGAAACUCAUAAAGUAGAGGAAAAACCAGCUACACAAAAACCAAAUUUCACACGCAAUUUCCCAUUGGUGCCCAAUAAAAAACAAUGUGACUUGUUAAAGGGCAAAUUUGCCAAAGGUAAAGGAAAAGCUACUCAAAAACCUAAAACCUUAGCGACCAAAAAUAUUAAAAUGGAACUGUCUCCAGUAAAAGAAACAUCUGCAAUAACUAAUACGACAAACACAACAACAACUAUAGUUAAACCUGAAAAUAGAUUAAGAAAGAUAGGCAUUGGCAUGGGAGGCAAGAAUUUAGCAUUACUCAAACAUGAACGUGUGAGUAUAUCAGAACAAAGUUCCGAGGAGAAUAACACGCCCUUGAAACGUGAAGUAGUUCCAACCACCAGUAGUCCACAGCAAAAGCCAGUAAUUGUAAAACGAGAUGUUCAAGAAACCCCUGCACAAAAGGCUCAAGCUGUUAAAAGAAAACUAAACUUGGAAGAGUAUAAAAAGAGGCGAGGUGCUGAACCUGUUGUACCUGGGGUAACUGCAGCAUCAAAUACUAAAUUUAUAUCCUAUAAAAUACCAAAAUUAGAAAAUAAAACAAACAGUUCUAAGACUGCUGUCACCAGCGAUAAAAAGCCAACUGUAAAUACAACACCCACAAAGCAUAGUGAAGCCGUUACCUCAAUAGUGAAAACACUUAAAGAUCAACAAAAUAUAGCACCAAAAACUGAUCCCAUAACCGAGGCUAAAAACAAAGUUUUACGCAUGCAAGAACUGAAAAAGGCUCAACAAAUGCGUAUCAUAGAUUCUACAAUAUCCGCCAAGGUGCCCAGAGUUACUAAACUUUUGCCCUUAAGAGAAAUUGUCAAAGACACUCCCUAUCUCAAUGAGGAAGAAAAGAAAUCAUUAAACACUCAAAAUUUCAAAUCAGAUUAUGAGGAAAUAAUUAUAGUUUCAGCAAGUUGCAAUACUGAUAUAUCUAUACCACCUUUACCCAACCAGUCUACACAGCCGGUCAACAAUGCUACUAGGUCUUUAUUAAAGUCUUCAGCAUUAUUAUCCACCAUUACUAAUAGCUUUGAGAAGGUCAAAGCUAAUGACAAUGUAAAGAUAUCUACAAGUUCUCUUAUAGCCAGUAUACAAGAUGUGGUAGUCAACAAAACGUUGCCCGUAGAAGAAACUACAGCUACUAGUGUUGAUGUUAAGGAUACUAAAAAACCAGAACAUCAUGGUGAAGAUAAAAUCAUUAUGCAUUUACGCAAAGACAGAAUACGUAAGCGCAUGUGUACGAUUGCCAUACAAACCGAGUUGCAACCAGAAUUUCCACCUCUACCUUUGCCUAAAUCGUGUUUGCAACACAAAUCCCGUGAACGCUCACGUAGACAUCGUAAACGUCAGUAUAGGAAACACAAUAACGAACAGUCAUCUUCCUCUUCGUCCGAGUAUUCUUCAGAUGAUCAGUCUGAUCAUAGUAAUUCAUCUAGCAUUUCACGUUCUCGUGACAAUAGCUGUUCGUCUUCAGUAGAACGAAUGCGUACGUAUGAUAGUGCCAUUGGAACGGGAGGUUAUUCCUCGAGAAGUAGUCGUAAGCAUCGUAGUUCUAUUUCAUCAUCUUAUUCCGAAUCUGCCGAUCGUAUUGCACGCGGUCGUCGCCAACGUCGUACUAGCUAUACAAAACGUUCAGCGGCACGCAAACGAUCUCGUUCGCCAUACUCUUCAUCGUCGUUCUCCUCCGAUUCGGAUCGUUCACGUAGUCCUCACUAUAGACGUUCUCGCAGUCGUUCCAAUUCACGCACACGUUCACGUUCGAGACGUUCCAGUUAUCGUCAGGGUCAAAAUAACAAUAAUAGUUUUGUGGAUCGUAAUGUUUCGCAGCCCGCUGUCGAAGAGCGUCGUAUUGUCUAUGUGGGUCGUAUUGAGCAGGAGACAACCAAAGAUAUGCUAAGAAGAAAAUUCUUACAAUAUGGUACUAUCAAGCAGAUAAGCAUACAUUAUAAGGAUACGGGCAUGAAAUAUGGUUUUGUUACCUUUGAACGUUCCCAAGAUGCGUUCUCAGCCAUCGAUAAUAGUACACGAGAUCCCCAAAUUAACAUGUAUGAUGUCAGCUUUGGUGGCAGACGUGCAUUCUGUAGGGCCUCUUAUGCUGAUUUAGAUAAUGCCGGCAUAAAUACCUAUCAGUCGUAUGUGUUUCCACAGCCUGUAACCCAACCCAAAGAAGAUGAUUCCUUUGAGGCUUUACUUAUGAAAAUGAAAGCAAAAUUAAAUGCAAAUAAAACAAGCGCACCAACAGCAACUGCUGGUGCUGCUGCUACUGAAACAACUGCAGCAAAUGGUCAAAAUGUUGCUAACAAUAAAAUUUGACGAAUACGCUUGAGUAGUAGCAACAAUAACAACAACAAAACUCUAAGUUAUUAUUAUGUUAAGAGAAAUUUCUUGAGAUUUUCUUUAGCAUAUUAUUUGAAAACUUUAGUUUUUAACAAAAUUUUAAUCUAAUUUAUUUAACUAAAUGCCUUAUUAGUUCUUUUUAAAAUGGAAAAUAUUUUAAUAUUAAUUUAAACAUAAUUUUCUACUUGCUAUGAUUUAUAGAACUGCAAUUAAACUUAACACUUACUCACCAAAAAGCAAAAACAAAAAACAACAAAAAAAGAAAAACCUAAACAAUUAACUUUAUGUCAAACUUAAAGUCUGCUGUUAACUAUAAAAAAAAUAAGUUAAAAUUUCUUACUUUUUUAAAUGCUAUUAACAUAAAUAUAAUUUCUUUAAAUGUUUAAUAUUUUUCUUUAUUUCUUUUAAGUUUUAUUUAAUUUAAGUUUUUUUUUUAUUUAACAAAUAGCAAAAAGAUCUUUAAACUCUUAACAAUCUGGGGCAAAGUUAGUGAAUAAAUUGUAAAUUAUUAAAUUUUAAGAGAGUUAAUUUUAAACGAAAAAACUAAACAAAAUGUUGCAAAUUUUAAACAAGGAAUUUUUUAUAAAGUAGUAUUCAGCUCCUGAUAAAAAUUUUAAAGAUUUUUUUCGCUAUUAUUUGGUUUAUGAUACAAAAUGUGAUAUUACAUAAAAACUAUGGAAAAAAAUACAACAAAACAAGUCAUUUAUUAAGAAUAAGUUUUAAGACUUAAAAGAAUACAAAGAGAAAUAAUUUAAACUGUAAACAAUCAAUCAACCUACACCCUACCACACACUUAUUAAGUCUUACACCCAGUUGAAAACGACUACUGCAUCCCACAAUAGAUUAUUUUUUUUUUUUAGUACAAUCUAAAAACGAAAACAAAAACAACAAGUAGAAAAAUUAUUUUAAAUUAUUAUAAUUUAUUUAAUUUAAGUUUAAAAAACAAUCCAAAAACAAGCAACAACUUAAAUGUUUUAAAAACACGUUGACAUUUAUUUUUUUAAAGAAUUCUUUCUACUUCUAUAGAAUUCUUUAAGAGAAAUGUGUGUUAAAUGUUCAACGCAAAUGUUAAAUGCUUUAAAAGAAAAACAAUGCUUUAAAUAAUAAACUAAACUUUAAGAUCAAUCUUAAAACUUAGUUUAUAACUAAACCAUCUCAAAACAAAAACAAACAAACUAUUUAAAAUCUUUAGUUAUGUUAAAGAAAAAGCAAACAAAACUUAUUUAAAACUAAACACACAUUACAACUUUAUACUAAUUAUUUGAAUUUUGUUGUUCUCUAACUUGAGGGGAAAUCAAUUUUGAAUAUAUUUGCCCGCAGUAAGAGAGCAACAUAAAGAAUUAAACUGUUGAUAAUAAAACUUUGAUAUUAGUUUGUAAUUUAUUAAAAAAAAGAAACACAACAAAAAUAAAGAUGUUUAUGUUUUUUUUAUUUAAUUUUAAUUUUAAAAAAUCGUAUUACAACCCAACAUUUGAUGCUUAGCUAACACAAAUCAUUUUAAUUUUAUUAUUUUAUUUUCCUUAAAAGAAACUCUUUUUUUUUACAUAUAAAAUUUAACAAUUGUAAAAUCACUGCUAAAGUCUAUUUCCUAUUUUCUAUUUUCUAACUAGUUUAAAAUUCCUAAU